GGAAGGAAGGAAGGAAGGAAGGAAGGAAGGAUGGCCGAGGGAUCCAAAGUGUAUAAGAAGACCUGCCCCAAUGGGAAGCUGUCCAUCUACCUGGGUAAGAGGGACUUCGUGGACCACGUGGAGUCGGUGGAGCCUGUGGACGGGGUGAUCCUGAUCGACCCGGAGUACCUGAAGGACAGGAAAGUGUAUGUGACACUCACCUGUGCGUUCCGCUAUGGCCGAGAUGACCUGGAUGUCAUUGGCUUGACCUUCAGGAAGGACCUCUAUGUCCUCACCACACAGAUCUUCCCACCUGUGCCAGACCAAGCCCCCAAGACCCUCACUCCGCUGCAGGACAAACUCAUGAAGAAACUGGGGGAGAACGCCUAUCCCUUCACUUUUGAGAUGGCGACCAACCUGCCCUGCUCCGUCACGCUGCAGCCAGGACCAGAUGACGCAGGGAAGUCUUGCGGUGUAGACUUUGAAGUAAAAGGAUUUUGUGCUGAGAACUUGGAGGAGAAAAUUCACAAGAGGAACUCCGUGCGGCUGGUGAUCCGUAAGAUCCAGUUUGCGCCAGUCAACACAGGCCCAGCGCCGAAGUCAGAGACCACGCGGCAGUUCAUGAUGUCCGACAAGCCCUUGCACUUGGAGGCCUCGCUGGACAAGGAGAUUUAUUAUCAUGGAGAUCCAAUUGGAGUCAAUGUCAACAUUAACAAUACUACUAACAAGAUUGUGAAAAAGAUCAAAAUAUCAGUUGAGCAAAUCACAGACGUGGUUCUCUAUUCACUGGACAAAUACACCAAGAUUGUAUGCUCAGAGGAAUUUGUUGAGAAUGUGGCAGCCAACUCCACCUUCUCCAAGAGCUACACGGUGACCCCCACCCUCUCCAACAACCGCGAGAAGCGUGGCCUGGCCCUGGACGGCAAGCUGAAGCACGAGGACACCAAUCUGGCCUCCACCACUGUCCUGAGACCUGGGAUGGACAAGGAAGUUCUCGGGAUCUUGGUUUCCUACAAAGUGAAAGUCAACUUGAUGGUAUCCAGAGGAGGCAUCUUGGGAGAUCUCACAUCAAGUGAUGUCGGCGUGGAGAUGGCUGUUAUCCUGAUGCACCCAAAACCUGCCGACACGACACCAAGUGCGGAGGACAUCGUGAUUGAGGAAUUUGCUCGGCAGAAGCUCAAAGGAGAGAAGGAUGACGAUGAAGAGAAGGAAGAAGAGGACAAAGAAGGGAGCUAAUGUCCUUCGGCAGUGCAGUGAAACCGGGAUCAUCCCAAACCUUAACCUACUCAGGUCCUGGGUGUGGGGAGGGCUUUCCAGGCAUUGCCAUGUGCACUAUGUUCAAUACAUGUACUCUGAUAUGUUAGUGUUGUAUUUGUGGUAUGAUAAUAAUGUUUUGAUUGUUGUGGUAAAUCCUACCACUUUCAAAAGGAAAACUAAAGCACCAAGCUCAGUCCUAGUUGUAAACACCAAAAUGACCUGUAGAUGAUAGCAUAUGUAUAUACACUUGCUGCUCAAGACCUUGCAAAAUGCCUUUUGGGAAGCUGCCAGUGUGACUGCUGCAGGGAUGUGGAGAUGGCCAGUUGUGUUGCUCCGCUCAGCUCAGUCUAUCAGAGCUGCUGCCUGUCGCUCUGGUGUUUGGAAAUAUGAAUGUACCUGGCCCAGUUCUCACUCCUUGCAUCUCAGCCUCACUCCACCAGGUUAUAAUGUAAGAAGUGACAGACAGUGCUUUUAAAUUUUAUACAGUGUUUUCUUACUGUUAUGUUUUUUGAACAAGUUGGAUGUUAGUGAUACAUUUUAAAGCAAACACUAUCGAGAAAUGGCCAGAGUUUGGAAGAAACUUGACAAUAUGUACCAGAAGUCUAUUGGGACAAUCCAGCCCAGAGACAAAUGUGAUGCCAGGCAGCCUCAGAAGAGCCCCGUGUGGCGGAGCCUGAAGACUGGGCCCCUGAUUUCCAAGGCUCCUUGCGACCCCCCCCCCAGUGCUCUGUGAUGCUCAUUGGUCAUGGUUAAUUACAGGUGGCAUUAUUUGUAACAGCAGGAUGCCCAAACCAUCAUUUCUUUCCAAACUGGCCAACUUAGUUUAUAAGAUUAAUACCAGCUCUCUCAAUUGAGAUUCAGUGUUCAUAAAUCCAUUUGCAUGAAAUCCCUGCAGCAGUCAUCACUGACUGUUGCGCUUGGCUCCCGAGGCGCAACUUUCUCCCUCGCUCACUAGUCAUGGGGACAAAUAUGAGGAAAUGUUUAGAGGCCGAUAAAAUGCCUCUCAUUCGGGGAAAGCAGUGCAUUCUCAGUGUCUUGAUGCACGUCUUGACUCUUCCUUAGGAUUUUUGGUACCUUUGGUCUCUGCCUUUCCCUUCCUGCUUCCUGGAGGGAGGGAGGCUCAGCAUUCAGCCUGCCGUUCUGCUGUUGGUUUAGAACAUCUCUAUGGUCUUCUUCCAUUAAAAGUCUCUGACAAGUGCACAAUAAAAAAUUGAAACAUUA